GCGAGCGGCUGCAAAAUCUGCUGCAGACGGCCGCUUUGUGUCUUCCUUAAUGUGUGCAAGGUGGAGUCAUUAACACACCCAUCAGUUCUGGUUUCAUGAGGAGCUACCUGGAAGAACCUGGAGCAGGUGCACAGGAAUCUGUGGAGUCUCUGACAUGGACCAGAUUUCAUCUUUAACCUCAGGAGUUUCUUCUUCUUGCAGAUUUUAAAUCUCUGCUAGUUUGUUCUGGACGACUUGAAGUCAUUCAAAGUCCUCUGGAAGUUUCUUCAAAGAGGAUGAGGAGCUAAACAGGAAGUGGUGGGAAGAUGCCGGCAGCACAGCAGGUUUAUCCAGACAUGACAGAGAGCGUUCGGGGUCCCACCGCCGUCUUCUUCUUCUCCUCUCUUUAGCCAACAUGAGGAAGCCGUUUCCUACAAACCCCUUAUGAUCCUCUCAAACUUUCAGAGCUGAUCCCAGUUUGUGAAACCGCCUCCGAGAUUUUCCGAGUCCAAGCUGCAGGGAGCUUGUUGUCGGGAGUUGGAAGCAGGAUGGAGAGCAGGACACUGGGAAUGAGGAAGCUCCUGAGAAUUCUGGGAUUUUUCUGCCUGUGGAUUACAGCUCAGGCUCAGAUGAAGAUCCCACCAGAGACGGUGCAGCAGUGGGCGUCUGUGUUCUCCACUCAGCUUCGAGAAAUCACCACCAAAUACUCCGGCUCUCUGCUGCUGCAGAAGAAACUGAAGGAUGUGGAGUCCAUCAUUAAGAUCGUAGAGCUGGAAGGAAACGACCUGGUGAAAGAUUAUUCUGAUGAGAUUGAGCGAAUGUUGGGAAGCAAGAUGAAGUCAGUGAAGAGGUUAGCAGAGUCUGCAGAGGACGCUGACCUGUACCACGACUUCAACGCUUCAUUAACGUUUGAUUACUACAACUCCAUGAUGAUCAACACGGUGGACGAGGACGGGAACAACGUGGAGCUGGGCGGAGAGUUCCCCCUGGAGGAGAACGAACACUUUAACAACCUGCUGGUGAACACGCAGCAGAGCAACAUCCAGGUUCCCACCAAUGUCUACAACAAAGAUCCCAACAUCCUCAACGCCAUCUACAACUCUGAGGCGUUAAACGACGUCUUCAUCAGUAACUUCCAGAAGGAUCCAACGCUCACCUGGCAGUUCUUUGGCAGCUCCACCGGCUUCUUCAGGAUCUACCCCGGUAUUAAAUGGACUCCAGACUCCAACGGUGUGGCAGCUUUCGACUGCAGGAACAGGAACUGGUACAUCCAGGCAGCCACGUCUCCCAAAGACAUCAUCAUCAUGGUGGACAUCAGCGGCAGCAUGAAGGGGCUGAAGAUGACCAUCGCCAAACACACCAUCAACACCAUCCUGGACACACUGGGAGAGAACGACUUUGUCAACGUCAUUGCUUACACUGACUACGUUCGGUAUGUGGAGCCGUGCUUCAAAGGAACUCUGGUCCAGGCCGACUUGGACAACAGAGAGCACUUUAAGCUGCUGGUGGAAGAGCUGCACGUUAAAGGUGAAGCGAAGAUCAAGAACGCCAUGAAGGAAUCCUUCAAAAUACUAAAUGAGGCGAGGGUGAACGGUCAGGGCAGCAUGUGUAACCAGGCCAUCAUGCUGAUCACAGACGGAGCCAUGGAGGACUUUGAGUCUGUCUUUGAGGAGUUCAACUGGCCUGAGCGCAGGGUGCGAGUCUUCACCUACCUGAUCGGCAGAGAGAUGACCUUCGCUCAGAACACCAAGUGGAUCGCCUGCAACAACAAAGGUUACUACACACACAUCUCCACGCUGGCCGACGUGCAGGAGAACGUCAUGGAGUACCUGCACGUGCUCAGCCGGCCAAUGGUCAUCAACCAUGACCAUGACAUCAUUUGGACGGAAGCCUACAUGGACUCUGUGCUUCCCAACACCAAGGAGCUCUUCACCACCAAAGCUCAGAGUCUCCUGCUGAUGACCUCGGUGGCCAUGCCAGUGUUCAGCAAGAAGAAGGAAACGCUGUCCCAUGGGAUCCUGCUGGGUGUGGUUGGCUCUGACGUCCCACUGAUGGAGGUGAUGAAGCUGGCACCCAGAUACAUGCUGGGAGCUCACGGCUACGCUUUCCUCAUCACCAACAACGGUUACAUCCUGGCUCACCCUGACCUUCGACCUUUGUAUAAAGAUGGAAAGAAACUGAAGCCGAAGCCAAACUACAACAGUGUGGACCUGUCGGAGGUGGAGUGGGAGGAUACAGAUGAGAGGCUGAGAACGGCCAUGGUGAGGGGAGAGACCGGCAGCAGAACACUGAGCAUCAGAGCAUCGGUGGAUAAAGGGAAACGACCUCUGUACCUCGUCAACGAAUACUUCUACACCAACAUAGAUGAGACACCUUUCAGCUUCGGCAUGGUGCUGACGAAGGGUCACGGACAGCUCAUGUUUAUUGGAAACGUAUCUGUGGAGGAAGGCCUGCACGAUCUCACCUCCCCAGACCUCAGCAUCGCCUCCGAGUGGACGUACUGUGAGACGGACAUCGACCCCGGCCACAGGAAAUACUCUCAGCUUCAGGCCGCCAUCCGCUACCUGCUGGGGAAGGAGCCCGACCUCGAGUGCGACGAGGUGUUGCUGCAGCAAACACUGUUUGACGCUGUGGUAACGGCUCCAUUAGAAGCCUACUGGAACGCCCUGAUGCUCAACGACAGAGUUCAGGGGCUCAAAGGUGACUCUGUCCAGAGCCACCAGCCGGUUGCCGGCCAAGGACAGCCAGGCGAGUCUCUGAAGCCCAUCCAGCAGGCCUAUGGGCAGCCACAGGAGGCCAUUCGAGGACAGGUCGAGCCCUCGCAGCCGCCACAGCCCCCUGAACACAUCCUUGCUCAGGCCAACACUCCCUUGACUUCCAUUCCAGCCCUGGAGGACCUCUGCACUACUGUUGGGGUCAGAGCUAUCGGGGUGCAGAUGUCCUUGGAUUGGCUGGAAAAGAGGUUCUGGGCCAUUGCCAAGCAGCCCAGCGACACAGACUGUUCAACCAUCGAAGGCGUGUGUCCUCUCAGCUGUGAGAGCAUUGUUGGUCGCUUCUUUGGCGAGGUGGACGGGUCUGUGAUGGCGUCGCUGAUCAAGAUGGGAAUGUACAGAAAGUUCCUGCUGGACUUUAACCUCUGUGGUCUCUGGCACUCGGAUUAUUUUGUGGACGGCAAAGCUGGCUAUCAUACAAGUCAUAAGCAGAAGAAGGUGGAGGCUCUGCAGCCCUGCGACACAGCAUAUCCCGGCUUCAUGUACGACUCGUCUGUCAGAGAAGCUAACAGCCUCAUCAAGUGUGGACGCUGCCAGAAGAUGUUCGUGGUGCAGCAGAUUCCUGACAGUAACCUGGUUCUGGUUGUGACUCAGGCCGACUGUGACUGUUCCCGUCAGUAUGGACCCAUCCCGCUGGAGCCCAAAGAGAUCAAAUAUAACGCUACAGUGAAGUGCAACAGGAUGAAAUCCCAGAAGGUGCGGCGGCGUCCAGAGUCCUGCCACGCCUACCACCCGAAGGAAGAUGCAAAGGACUGCGGCGGAGCGUCGGCCAUCUCCCUGUCCCUCUCUGUCUUCUCAGCCUCUCUGCUCGUCUCAUCUCUCCUCCACCAUUGUACGUAAAGAAGGGACCAGCCAACCAAUCAGGGCCCACCAAGGGAGACAGCAGGAAAGUAAAGGAAAAAACGUGGAGCAGGUAGCCAAAGGACGUUUUUUACUCACCACAGGAGACAAUGGGACUUCUCAGAUUCUUUUCUUCUUCCUGCUGUUCAGACGAGUUUCUGUUCUCUCUGCAGUGGACAUUAAGGGCUAUUUCCAUUUUUUUAAGACUUACUUCUCCUUCCUGAACUUUAAAGUGAACGAGGAACAAAGAAUCCUGCUCUGCUGGAACAGACUGAUGGACAGAUGUAAGCAGUGCAGCUUGUGUGGAGAAGUUUUGCCAUUAAACUCAAAGAAUGUAACAUCUUUGUAGCUUUUGAUACAGAAAUAUUGUAAAUAAAUUAGAGUUUUACAUUCAAAUGAUUUACAGUUUUAAAAAAAGAGAGACAAAAAGCAGGACUAAACACAUUCAGCUCUUUGAGGGGUCAAAAGUCAACAGGAAAUGCAGUGGCCAAACAUUAAGCAGUGUCAUACAGAUUAUUUACCUGCAGGUAACAUGGAUGUGACUGCAGCAGCUUUUCUUUAAACCUGAGUUAGUCGUGUCAUAGUCAGAACUUAUCUGUUGCAUCAGGUGUUGAGUUUAUCCUCAAAUUAAGUGCAGCACUGUAAAAACAUUUACACUUGCUUGGAUCCAGAGACUUUUAGUUGCAGGUAGGCUACAAGAAACAGCAGUCACAUCUUCCCGUCUAAAGAAACCCAAAGUGUUUCCUGGAGCGGCGCUCGUUGACUCUUCCUCUUUUUUUCUCCCCAAGGAAUCAGAAAAUUGCUCAUUAUUUUGGUAACUUCAAGAUCAAAAGAAGUCUUUUGUUUGUUCUGACCUGGUGCACAAUUCUUGCUGGUUGUGUUUCAGAAACUGAACUCACCAGUGAAGCUGAAGGCAGAGUGUGUGUGUGUGUGUGUGUGUGUGUGUGUGUGUGUGUGUGUGUGUGUGUGUGUGUGUAGUGCUUCAACUCAUUACGUCCAACUCUUCCCAAACAAACUGUUUUCUACUUGGAAAUGAGAGAUGAUGUUGACAGAAGCUUCAGGUGAAUAUUUUCUGACAUGUUUUCUUAAAGGUCACAUUACAGUUAGCAAUCACAGAUUAUAAACCUAUCUGUCAACAGGUUGUUGGUGUAACGUUGAACCAAAUGUGGUGAUGAAACAUGAGUUUCUGUUGUCUGACUGAGCACAUCCUUUUGGUCACAGACAGUAAAACCACUGCAGCUCAGCAAAAACAACAUUUGCCAGGGUUAUUUUUAGGGUUGGAACAGUAUGAGAUUUUUACGGUAUGAGAAAAUAUCGUGGUUUCAUGGUAUCACAGAAUUAUAAUUAUUACUAUCAGCCAGAAUGACCCUUAAAGGAAUUAAAAUGGACAGUUAUUUUUGGUUAAACAAACAUUUUAUUACUAUAUUUGACACUUCAGAGUUUGUGUACAAAAUCUCCGUUUUAAAAAAUAACUAAAAUAAAAUUGAGAUUUUCUGUCCAGGUGCUUUUUUUCCCUGAUUAUUGUCGAGAAGCAAAUGUAAACGGUCCGAUAAUUGUCAAUUAUAACAUGACGGUAUACCUUGAAACCGAUAAACCGUUGCAACCAUAGGUGUUAUAUAGAGAAGCAAAGAACAGUCGUGCUUGCGAAAUUGGUUUUACUUUUUACUGUUAUCUCAGGUUCACAAAUUAAUUAUUUAGUUUCUCUUGAUAUUGGGUUAAUGUAUGUUAUUUCCUGAGAAAACAAAUGGCCGAUUUCUCAAGAUAGCGAAAUCAUUUAUCACGAGAAAACUGCUUUUGUUUAAGCUCACGCAGCAGUUAUGCUACGCUCAAGUGAGCCGUCGUUACCUUUAAUCACACCGAUCAAUGAUUUAGUCAUCUUGAGAAAUCUGCCUUUUGCUUUCUCAAGAAUCGACACAACUAAACACGUACUCAUGAGAAAACAAGCUAUGAAAUCUCAAUAACAAAAUAAUGACCCUGUGUUCCCAAGAUGACUAAAGAUUUCCAUUAUUGUGGCCAUUCUGAUUAUUAAUGUUGUUGCUGUCGAACUCUGUUGGAAAGAUUUUAGGAAACACGACUCCACUUAAAAAAGCUUAAACAAACUGAGACACGUGAGGCUCUGAAUGAAGAGAAAUCAUUUCAAAUGCUCGUCUCUGAGUCUUACUCACAGUAAACUACAGAAUUAGCACGUGGCUAACUGCUAACUCCCAAACAACGCAUUAAUCUGCAGAAAUAAAAAGCCGUUAUCAUUUUGCCUGUUUUAACAGAGUUGUGUUUCUACAUCAAAGGUAGUUAUAAUGAAAAUCCCAGCUCUUACAUUUGAAAACUCAAAUUCAGAUUUUGAUAUAAAGAGCUCGUUUUAUGUUUCCUGACGUUACAUGACGUGGUGUUUUACUUCAGCAAAUUACUGUCAAACAGAACACGUUUAUGUUUCUGUCAUAACGUGUGUGUACACUUCAGCAGUUUAAAUACACAGUCCAUGUACAGGAGGGUUCCACUGACUCGUGUGUUCGAGGCCAAAUUUUGUUUUUCAGCUUUAAUAUUUUUAAUUUAGUCGCCAAACUCUCCGAGGCAGCGUUCACAGACUCAGAGACUGAAGUUGGUUCGGAUUUAGCAGCAUUUUAACAUCAAGUAUCUCAACUGUCAGUCGAGCCCUCCUGCUGUUAACACAUUCACAUUCUGCCUGCAGUCACAGUGAGGACGCCACCCGCUGGACACCAGCAGCAACAACAACAAAAAUAAUGUGACGUUAAGAAAAAAAAAUCCCACAUAGAAACUGUGAUCACUUGUGUCUUUGUUUGGGCCGUUACUUUUAUUUCAGCCAAUAUUAUUAUUUCAGCCAUUUCUAGGACAGGGAAGUUUAGAUGGAAGCAGUGCCUGAAUUAUUAAUAUCAUGCAGACUUUGGAAUGUGUGAUUUUAUUAUUGAGGUUUCUGGAAGUCCUGACGAGUCUAAAUCAGAUCAGAUUUAAUUAUUUAUUACUGAUCAAUUUUAAUUUUAAAUCUGCAACAACUUUAAUAAGAAAUGAACGAUUUAAAGGUCCAGUGUGAAGGAUUUAGGGCGAUAUGUCAGCAUGAAUGGGACAAAAUAUAAGAAGAACAUUUUUCUUUCAAACCUGGAGCGAUGUCACUUUUCUUGUGCUGCUUUCAGACGUCUUUCACGAGAAUUUAAACUUUUGAAACCUCAGAAAAUUGGUGCAAUUUUUUUUUUUUUUCAAAACCAUGGGGAAAAUGGCAAUGAGCAACUUGGUAGGAAAUGUCCUACAAAUUGCAAAAAAUAAUAGAUUUAGA